AUGUCGUCCCGAGAUCCCCGCGCGCUCGGCGACGCCCUUCGCACAGUCUUCCGUGCGGACGCCAAGGCUCUCGCGUCGCUCGAGCGCGAUGCGAGCGCGUCCAAGAACGACGAACUCGUUCGAGCGCUAGCGAUUUUGCUCGAGUGGUGUCACGACGACGUCGACACCGUGCUGGAUCCCUUGCUCGAGCGCGCGUCUUCGUCAACGCGUUACGCACGCUUUGUCGCUCUGUUGACGCACAGAGCACCGAAGAGCGUUCGGGACGCUCUGCGACGGGCGCUCGGAGUGGGCGGGACGAAGGCGCUAGCGGCGUGCGCGUGCGCCCGAGCGUCGGCCGAGAUGGAGCGAGGAACGGGUUCGCGGCGUCAGGACGACGGUGAAUUGUUGGAACAGUUGCGGUUGAUCGUAUUGGCUGGUGAGGGACGGUCACCGACGCGAUUGGCGAGCGCAGCGGUGGACGCGUUUGCUGCGAUGAGCUCACUCGCAGCGGAGGACCGAGACGAAGACUUGGGAGGCUUCGAGGCGAGAGAAGACGUCGUAGGCGUCGUCACGUCGUGGGCACGUUUGGAUGGUAAAAGUGAGCUGUUCAUCGAGUGCUGCGACGGCGCGCGAGGGCGAUUGAGGUCGCUCGCUCGCGACGGCGACGACUCUAGUCGCAGAGCGCGAGCCCGUUUGUUGAAUCAAGCGUGGAUCGAUUGGGCGCCGGCGCUCGCGUCGAUUCGAGGGAAGAAAUGGGAAAGAGAGAUGUUAGUGGCUCUGGAGUCGGCAUUCGCGGCGACUUGCGAGAUGUUGAACAUGGAUGAGCCAGGUGCGGGCGAGGGCGUCGCGCACGCGCUCAUCACAGUCGGUUUGCACUUGGGACGAACUGGAAUCGAUCAUGAAAAUCGCGCGGUCUUUUCGGCCAUGGUGAGCGAGGAAACAGCAAAGGCGCUAGAUGAGAUGUUGCACCAGUACACCGGGACCGCGAUUCUUCCCGCGCUACGAUGCUCGAACCCGCUCGCACAAACAGUUGCGUCAAUUUUGAUUCGAGUCAUCCUUGCGCCAGAGCAUAUGGGUUGGACCGAGCAGACCGAAACUCUCUUGCGUGGGGUUCUUCCGCUCGUUGAGGAGGGUAGUGAUAUCAUCUCUGUCGGUUUCGCGAGACUUGUUGCGGAUUUAAUCAUACGGGAUCCAAACGACGAGUCGCUGCUUCAAAUUUUGAGAAUCUGCGGAGGGAGUGCGACGAACGCAAAAAUGAGCGCACUGCGAGUUCUGACCGAAUUCUUACGCCGGGUCCAAUCGACCAUGCUGGACUCGACCGCCAAUGCGAUUGUUCGGUCGAUGCUGCCGAGACUCGCGGACAAGAAUUUGGAAGUGCGCAAAGCUGCGGCGGGAGCGUUCGCGCACAUUGCGCCGCCAAAGGUGCUUCCAGCUCUUUUUGAGUUGUUAAUCUCCGACGAUGUCGAAGAGCGUUCAGCAUCUGGCGACGCGAUUCUCGCCACGAUGCGAGAACAGAAGCCAACAUCACGGGCUUUGAAAAGUUACUUGGACGCUCUGUCCGCCGCUUCUUCUUCUGACUCACCAGAUGCAGAGAAGCGCGUCUCUCAUGCAGUUAAACUACUGGCACGCUUCGCCGAGUCACUAAAUGAGAUCGAGUUGAGGGAUGUGGCCGAGACGCUCACAACGGAGGUAUUCUCUUCACCGUCUUCAUCGAGCUUAAACCAAGCCGUCGUUGUGCUCGCUCCGUGGAUUGGAAAGUCGACAGCGAGCGAACACGUCAUUGAGGCAUGUGCGCAUCAACUUUCGUCGCAAAACGCGAAUAAGGGUGCAGACGAAAACGAAAUUUUCGAUCGACUCGCGCCGCUUUUGCUUUUACGUGUGCUUCCGCUGGCGAUUUGGGACCGUGAAAGUCGCGAGAGAACUGAUAUUCAAAAGUGCUUGAGAUACCGAAUGCUCAACGUGCAGGGCGAAUUCGAAGACGUGCGGCGUGUGUGCUCCGAAAUGUUCGCGAAAGUGCCACAACAAACUUUAGACAAGGAGCUCUUGAGCGAGCUUGAACGAGCUUACAGAUCUGCGAGAACCGAUUCUGACGAUCUCGCGCGCGUCCGCACCUGCAUGUUCUGCUGCAGUGCCGGUUUGGCUGUGCGCGGCAAAUCCGCACUGUCGGAGAGCUUCGUGAAUGUGCUCAGAUCUGUGUGCGUCAACAUCCUCGCGUGGAGCGCAUGCGAUACAGAUGGUGACGAUUUUUUCAAGGCGCAAAUGGGUGCCAUGGAGACGUUGGCGUCCAUCAUCGUCGCUGAAGUUGAUUCGAGCGCACGAACUCAAAAGAACUGCAUGAAGAAGACAUCCAAGACACUUCUCGAGCCAGAGACUUCAAUGAUCUCAUUUGAAGAAAUCAUCUCCGCAACGCCCUCAGGUCGCCCUCUCAUCGUUGAACUAGACGAUGACACGAAACGUGAACGUGUGCCUUGUGCGCACGAAACGCUCCACGGUGUGCUCCAUCUGGCGUGUCUGACGGAUCGAGAUAUUCCACCGUGGGUCGACGAUGUGCCCAGGACCACGGGGAUACGAGUUGCUCUAAUUAACGUCAUCAUUACCGCCGCCAGACGUCCUCGACGUGGAGCAACACUUGUAGACGAGUGCUUCUCUCCGCUCGUCGCUUGCGCAGAACGGCGUGGUGAUCCAAACAUUCGUGAGGCGGCCCUCCAGGCGCUCAUGAUGCUUUUCCACUUGUCGCAGGACGACAUUGACGAGUCUAUCACAGUGGCGUUGACGCGAAGCAUUACCAACGUUCUUCGCGAUCACACUGCCGGCGAUACCGCCCGAAAGGGUGCCGCAAAAGUCGCGACGGCAUUACUAGCCGCCAGUGAUCGGCACAUCAGUGCGAUGGAGCCAUAUCUCGAGUCGUUGCGUCAAAGUCUCACUGUAGCUGCUCGUGUCGCGGUGGACACCGAAGUCGCUUCGCUCGCGAACAAGCUCGCGAUGUGCAUGACGCAGACGGCAGAACGCUUGUAG